CUAAUUUAUAAAAACAAUGGCAGCUUAGCCAACUCCAAGAAUCAUAAAAGAGACUCAGAAUUUAGCAAAAGACAAGGUUUAAGGCAUUGAAGUAACUCCUGACCCUGGAAAUUUCAAACAUUUUUUUGUAAUAAUUUCUGGACCUCCCAAUACUCCAUAUGAAGGAGGGGUUUUUGAUGUUGAAUUACUAUUGCCAGAUGAUUAUCCAAUGUCUCCUCCAAAAUGUGUAUUCAAUACAAAGAUUUAUCAUCCAAAUAUUGACAAUUUAGGAAGAAUUUGUUUAGAUGUGUUAAAAGACAAAUGGUCUCCUGCAUUAUAAAUCAGAUCAAUUUUACUUUCAAUAUAGGUGCUACUGAGCUCCCCUAAUCCUGAUGAUCCAUUAAACAAUGAUGCAGCCAAUUUGUGGAAAACAAAUGAAGCCUAAGCACUAAUGAAGGCCAGAGAUUUCACAUUGAAAUAUGCAAAAAAACAUUGAUAUGAUUGAUUUGUUGGAAUAUAUAUAUAAAUAUUUGAUUUUCUUUAA